AUGGCGAACAAACUUCUUCCAGUGGAUGUACUUUUUACACUAAUGGGCCUGUGUCUACAUGUACUGGCGAAAAAUGGUAAGAUAAGUUAAACAUGGUCAAACAAUAAAUUUCCUAUAAAGUCGUUUUCGAAGCUCAUAGCGCAGCAAUCGUAGGUCGCCUAAGCCGCCCUCGCGAUGAAUAUGCGCCAACCCUAUUUUCGGUAGUUUGACGAUAAUUUUUGAGUUUCUAAGAUGGAUGUAAUAGGUGCAAGAAAACUUGCCGUGAACACAAAAUUGGCAUUGGACACAAAAUACUGCAUUUCAAGACAUAGAAGAGCUGUGACAAAACAACAGAGUCAUAUGCUUCUACCUUUAUUUCAAGGUUGGAAGCAAAUAACUUGUAUUGACUAGUGCCCUUAAAGUCAUAGUACACUGAAUUGCUUUGUUAAUAGUCUCUUUUGACUGUUGAAAUACCCUAAGUAUUUUGUUGCUUUUGAGAUAAAUAUUAGCGAUAAAAAAUCACGACGUUUCGACCUCUCCGAGGUCAUUUUCAAGUGUAUAAAAGUUCUCUAAAUUAGCAUAAAUAAGUUAAAAACAAGUUAUAAUAGAUAAAAAUGUGGUGAACGCUAAAAUGUGAUAAAAUAUGUAAAAAUGUAAAAAGUGCUAAAAAUAUUCGAAACGAGGUCGAAACGUCGUGAUUUUUUAUCGCUAAUAUUUAUCUCAAAAUCGAUUUCUAAGAAACUACUUAUUAAUAUUUUGUUGCUGUGAACCAAAAUAAUCAAACAUUUCUAAUUAACUCCAAUCUAAUACCUUCAUUGCACUAAACUGAAUUUUGUUCAAACACAGCCCCCAAAUCACGGACUUCGACGCCGUCGGGUAAGUUAUGAAUGAUUUCGCAGUUAUUUCGCCUGUACUUGAACAUUUAACUAGUGCGUACAUUUCAGUCGCUAUUUACCGGUAACAACUCAAAUUUUUUAGUCUUUUUAAAAUUAACAGUUUGUCAGAACCGCUUAAAAAAGACCUUACAGUGUACAUAUUGUACCCUUAACCCUGCGUGCGUCUAGCACACUGAUAGGGGAACUCAGUCAAGUUUUAUAGUUUCACAAAUUAGUGGUUAAUAUUGUGGUCGAUCAAGAUAACAUAAGGACUUACUUAUAAGUUUAUUCAUUCCCAAGUUCAAAACUAUGAACCAUGUCGAUAUUUGAUAUAGCCCUACCAAUCUAGACUAUAUGCACUCUAGCAAAAGAUAAACAAAAGUUAUCAUAAUCUUUCAUUAUUUAAAUAUUGAGAGCUUCAUAAUUCUAGUGUAGGCCGACUUAUCAGCACCUACAGGCGAAGCUAGCAAAAUGCAGUUUUCACUCCUUCCGGUUUUGUUAUUGGUUUUUGCAUUAUUUUUAAGCAACGACGCCUAUAUUCGGCGGUAAUGGGUGUAUUAAGAUCGAAUUAGCUUUUUGGCUCUACUACAUUGUGGACAAGGCGUAAAAUUUCCUCUGCUUUAGUUAGGGUCUGUCGGAUUAUGCUCGUAAAAUAGAGUGUUUUGCCUUGGGGCGUCACCUGUGAAACCGGGGUACUAUGCUCGAAAUUAUACUCGGCUGUGCUCAAAUUUUGCCGGAAUAAAAUGACACUUCCACCCCACUCCCCAUAGGCCCGUAACUACUUUUUUUUCAGCAGAAUCUUAAUCAUCAGAUUCUGCCAUGAUUAUAUACAAGCUUGGACGCCUGGCAUGAAGAGGUAACCAGGCCUUCCAUUAUACCAAAAUGCACUGGGUACGAGUUUAAGGUAUCAAGUUCCUAAAAUAUCCGCCCCUUUAUCAACUUUGUGCAUUCUCGCUGGAGUUGCUGGCAAAAUUUGCAUACACUUUUCACAGUUUUCAGUAACAACAGCAUUAUGCUACAAAAAUAUUAGUAUUAUGCCAGCAUUAUGCCUGACGCUGCAGAUAUAGUAUUAUCCUCAAAAUUAUGCCGGUAUAAUCCGACAGACCCUAGUUUUGGCUCUUAAGAGCGACGGUCAGGAAAUAUCGACCAUCGAGUGGCAAGAGAUGAAAAAUCGAUUUCGUUCAUUUUUUGUCCAUAAAUAGCUUUUAGGUAGAUAAGUAAUCUGAUGUAAGUUGUUCUCGCAAAAGGCCUUUUAUCUUCGAGAAAAGUAAGAAUAUCAAUUUUCGUGGUUGGAGUCUCAAAAUGGACGUAUUUUCAACCCAGAAUUUGCUACAACAACUCUCCUCUCGUUAUAAAAAUAAAGCCGCAAGGAGAAAUUUGGACACUUUCCAUCAAUAGAACAACUCUUCUUAUUUCACUAGAAGAUACUUUCAAAGCAAUAUCAAGUCUCGUUGAACUGACAUAAUUCAAAAACGAAGAACAGAUUUUUACUGUGACAAAAACUUUAAUUUAGUAGUUGUUUUCUGCGACAUUAUUCUUCAUGUAGUAUAGCUCCAAUUUUCCCAGUCCUCCUUUAUUCACACAUUUAGACAUUCAUCUAAAGCAUACCUGAGAAUUGUCUUGGGUUCCUGAAGGCAGCCUCCAAACGAAAGCAUCGAAGUCCGGUAAAAAUAGUGAAGCGUGACCAAAAUAACUUAUUUAACGGCUUCAAGUUUCCUCCAUCCUCGGAGACCCAGGGCCGAGGAUGAGUUUCCUCCAUCGUAAAUAUACAAGACGCAAUAUCUUCCUGUUCCGUCAUCCUCAUUGAAUUACCAUGAUUGUUAAAGUCCUUAUUUUUCGAUAAAAAUUUAGUACCAGAAUACUAGGGGGGUUUGAUUUUUCCUUCUUCAAAAUACUGUCGGCAUCGAAAAUGUUAUUCUUUCAACGAAUUGCUUGCGUCACUCCCGUGAUUCCGUGACUGCAAAAGAGAAUGAUAAGAGAGAGAAUCCCCCAUACAUGGCCCUCUUCCCAUGAAAUUUACUUUCAAUCUAUUCUUGGCUCUAUGUCAUUCCGCGUGGUUAUUUUAAGGACGCCACCUUAUUGGUCGGUUAGAGUGGCGUCAUGUAAUUUUAAACUUGGCGGGUAAUUCAUUUCACUGCGGAUCACGCACAGCAAGGGAUAUGACUUGCAAACUUGAUAUUACUUUCGUCGACGAGUCAAAAGAUUUAUACGUGGAAUAAUUAAUCUGGCGAGAGUAGCUGACGAAGAUCAAAACGGUCCUGGCUUGUGGGAGGUCACCGAAGAAAGCGGUUCCGAUUCGGCGAAAACUGCUUAUUGAGGUCUUCGCUACAUCAAUAUAUAAACAACUAACAUCCUACUGCAAAAAACGACAACUGUCUCUUCCGGCGACAUCCACGCACACCCGCGAGCUGUGAUACUGUCGUUUGGAUCCGACCGUGGACACUUAACGAGAAAAUAGGUUCAAAGUGGGUUCAAACAUGAAUGUUUAGUCGCCAAACAUUUGAAUUUUGUGAGGACGCUAGACAAAUGUGGGCACACCGCUCACUAUAAAGAAUUGACCGAAACUGGAAACCGCGCAUCAAAACUCUCUGGCAUCCAGGUUAGCGACUGUUUAUUUUAAAAACAGCUUGAAGCAUCUGACCUGAUUUGUGUUUGUACAGCGAAAUAUUCACAAGUAUUAGACGUUAAGAAGAAGUAAUGCAGUUUGAAACUCUCAAGAAUAAUUCUUAAAAGCAAAGGUACUGUUUCUGAACGAAAAAUAUUCCUGGAAAAAGAGAAAAUAUAUCUGGCACAUUUGCAUAAACAGUUGAAGCCAGCCACUUAUUUAAGGUUUCGUGUUUUGCGCGUGAUAACUUUUGCCUCUGGUUUUCACAGUGUGUCAGAAUUUAAUAUUCGUUACUUUAAAUGAGGCUACCAGCCGUGAGAAAAUCUCAAUCUUUAAUCUCAAAGUGAAAUUUUGACUCCAAUACAGCAAUUCCUUUGUAAAUGAAAUCCAUUCCUGAAUUAUGACCGGAAAGCGCUGAUCAAAAACAUGUCAACAACAGGAGCCGAUCAGUAUCGGCUCCUGGCGCUAAUUACUAUGAUGGCUGUCAAACUUCAAAUGUUUGGCGGCGAAGCAUGCCACGUUCACGUGAAAGUAGACCGCGCGGGUCACGGAAACAACAGACAAAAAUAACCUUCGCAGAACGCGCGCGAACUUUAAAUAGAUUUUAAAAAAUUAUCAUGGAGCACAGGGAUUCGCUCUCUCAGCUCAUUCUCUCUUGGUGACGGUCAUUUUUUUUUUCCUCAGUAUCGGUUUUUUGAGCGAUUUUGAAGGAGCUUGAGUUCGCCGUUGACUGGUCGAUUUUUCCUGAAUGACCGUCGCUCUUAAAAUGCAUUCUUCUUUAAACCCUAGAAAUAUGAUUAAAUAACCGUCACAAUUUUUUUCCAUUCGCAACUUUAUUUAAUACUUCUAAUAACCUAACAUAACAUUACAAUAAACUACAAUAUUAUUCAUUCGAAAUAUUUCUCAGUUUCUGAUUGCCUCAAAUCUCACCUUUAAACCCUAAUUACUAGCUAGCAUUGACCAAACUUGGAAGACGUUCGCGAUAUCCUGAAAAUGAGGUCAAUAUGAUAAUACUGAACACUGAUACUAACAUGACAAUACUAACCACCCCCACCCCUUUGCUUCCACUGCCCCUGCCCCCGCCCUUUUAUCCCCUUUUCCCUUCGGCUGAUCAGAUGCAUUCAUUUGUAAUUUGCUAUAAGUAAUAUAAUUAUAAUUUUAUAGUCAUGUUUUUCUUUUUUAUCAAGGCCAGGAGAUUGAUUACGAUUGCUCCAUUUACACAUUUCAUAAUAUGAAGUCCAAGAUUACCUGGGAAAAUAGCAAGAAUCUGUGUGAGCAAAGUGGUAGUAAGCUUGUUUCCAUGGAACGUUUAAGGGCUGAGUUGAGCUUCCUGACAAAUCAUUCAGAAACCCUGAAAAUGAAGACUAAUGAAUAUUACAUUGGAUUAAAAAAGUACGACCAGAAGUGGCUAUGGAUUAGUGAUAACAGCUCAUUAGAGGAAAAUCAAACGGGGAAAUUUCCUUGGAAUAGGGAACAGCCAUCAGGUGAUGGAAAUUGCGUUAAAAUGUGGCGCGAAGAAAGUACGAGCCCGUGGACUUAUGUAUAUGACGACAUUAAAUGCACGAGCAUGCCGACGAGAAAAACUGGAUAUAUCUGUGAGAAGCCGUCGACAUCUGUGGAAUGUGGUAGUAAUGGUGAGUCACUUUUAUCAUGUUUUCUAUAAUCUCUCCUAGACUGAUGGUUCUAGUGCGUUCCACCGAAUAGAAACUUAAUUAUGCACUAAUAAUAAGAUUAAAACAGAUGAAAGUCGUUCAUAUGCAUGCACUCAUAGUAAAUCUGUAGGCUUGACACAAACAGAGAUUCAGUCGUUUGGAGUUCUCGAUCAAGAUGAACCAUUUCUCGAAUCUGUUAUAUGGCCUGAAACCGUCAACGUCAAACGGGUCACAUGUAUAGAAUGGAUGCGGCGGGGAAGACCCAGGGGCAGUCAGUCGGGCCGGGAGAAAAGGCGCGACGAAAGUUAUCAAGCACAGGCGGAAGAGCCCCUGGGUACCGACUCUCACCGAACCAUUUCUAAACGGUCAAGCGAAUGCUGGCUCCUGAUUGGGCACAAAAAUGCUUUGUAUUAUUGUGCCCAAUCGGCGAACAGUUUCUCCAGAGUUAUUUUCGUGAGUUCGUACAUGACGGCUAUUAUCUCGCCACAGUUGCCCACUUCUUUCACCAAGCUUUCCUGACCAGAAACGAAAGAACUACGGGUCAGUCGAAAACGUUUCGGAUGCUACCAGUAGGAGCAAUUCAAUUUGCACUGAGAAAAUACUGUUUCUGACGGAUCACGACGUAUCGUAAAUAAUAGGAAGUUUUAAGAUGCAGUGGCGACGAGAAAGUCAGAAAAGCAAUCAGUUUGACAAGGCAAAACAACAACUUUACACGUGCAUCACGCUUUUUUGUACAUUUCUUUGCCGUCACUACACGACUACCACUUGAACAUGCCUAAUUUCACGUUUUGUGAAGGAUGUAAACAGGCAAUGACGAAAUUUUCUUUCUCUUUACGAACUUAGAUAUGGUUGAUAGACUGAAAAAAUGUGAAUUCACUUUUCAUGCGACGUUUUCGUGGCUGUCAGCUGUCGUGGCAUCUUAAACUCCCUAAUAUUUACGAAGGCGUGAUCGAUGCAAGCAUGAAUACCUGUUGUAAGCUCAAGCUUGUAUCUUUGGAUGGGCGUCUUUAGUUUUCAGGUAGACAGUAUUUUGAAAUGGAGACUAAAGUUUAUAUCAAACGGAAGUUUUCCUGACUGCGUGCAUCUGUUUGGUGCAUGAGCCAGACAAGCCGUGAUCGAGUCAAUAGCCGUCAUGUACGAACUCACGAAAAGAACUCAGGAGAAACUGUUCGCCGAUUGGGCACAAUAAUACAAAGCAUUUUUUGUGCCCAAUCAGCAGCCAGCAUUCGCUUGACCGUUUGGAAAUGGUCCGGUGAGAGUCGGUACCCAGGGGCUUUUCCGCCUGUGCUUGAUAACUUAUGUCGCGCAAUUUCUCCCGGCCCGACUGACAGCCCCUGGGUCUCCGAGGAUGGCAAGUUUCAAGUUAAUAGAUUGAAAUCAGCAAAGAUGAUCGUUACUUCCCCGUAAAAAUUGAAAACUUUUCAAUGACACAGACACCACACCGAUAAAAACCAAAACAGAGCGGCCGGAAUAGUAGUUGUUGGUAUUUUUUUUGCUUAUCGGGCAUUCUAAAGAUCCUGCGUCCUGCCGCAUAAUCGUUCAUCGUACUCCUUUUUCAGUUAAUAGGGACCUUAAGCAACGACGACGACGACGGCAGUGAAUACGUUGCUAAAAAAAUGAAUUUGCGUUCUUUCAAACUUAAUCGUCUCUAUUUGGACCUGCUCAAUAUGUCAAAUGCAGGCGACUUUUCCUGGAGUUGAAUUCUUAAAGAUGUUAUUCAAGUUCAAAAAGGGAAGGAAAAUUCGUCAUCGUAUGUCCACGUCCUCCAUAAAACGUCAAAUUAGGAGGUUUCCCGUCAUAGUCGUGCAGUGGACGUCAAAGAAAUGUACUAAAAAGCGUGAUGGAAGUGCAGAGCUGUUGUUUUGAUCAUUAAACCUAUUGUUUUUUGAAGUUGUCGUCGUCGUAGUAGUAGUAUUGAAAUAUUUCAACCCCGUUUAAUAAAACGCGAUUUGUGACGUCGUAUGGAGCGUAAAAUCAGGUGACGGCAUAUAAUGCAACACCUUCAACGCGUACGAUAAAAUACGUUAAAUUUUACUUUUACACUAAACAAGCCUUGUUUAAAACUACCAAAUCUUGAUACACCUGAGAUACUCAUGAAUACUUUAUAAAUGGUUGUGUACAGUCUGGUCUUUAACCUGCUGGAUACACUAAUUCAUUGUGUUUACCUUUGAGAUAAAGAGUUAAAGCUUUCCUUUAUUGCUACACUGCAGUGCCCAGUCUGUUCUGCAUUGAUUAUGAAUAUACUGAUGCAGUUAAUUUAUUGACAUCAUGUCGAAUCCAUGUAUUUGCUCGAUUUGCCCUACAGAGCGUAUUUUCAUUUUAGAGACAACAAGUGAGUUACCAAAGCUGCCGAAAAGCACAGCACCUUCCCCAAUCGGUGAAUCAUCUCUUACGACAGCCACGGUGCAACGGUCUAUAUCCUCUUCACAGAGUCAAUCUACAACCAAGGGUUUUAAGCCACAUACAAUUAAGGGUUCUACGACAAUGGUAACGAAAAGUAAGCCGAUAACACCAUAAAGUUUAAGUAGUACUAGUAAUUCCUGCUUAUGGAUCACAUGUUUGUUUUUACGCCUCCUUUACUCGCUACCGUUUUAACGUGUCCAAGCUCACUAAGUAGUCGUUCGCGGGACAAAGUCAGUCCCCAAAUAAUAAUAUUGCAAUAAUAAUCCUUUUUUGGUGAACUUACUCUGUGAUUUGUUCUUAAGAUCUGCAGACCAGUGGCAAUAUACAAACUGAACCAUUUCGUGUUAUUCCUAACGAUUGCUAAGAGGGGAUAAUUUCUUGCAUAGCUAAGUGUUUUGACAUACGGCAACAUAGCUAGUCAUUGCACGUCAAUGGCUUUUUUUUCUCAUACUGUGGCAUUAGAAACCAACAGGCAAUUUCAAAUCCCCAGCGGUUCAGCUGAUCAGUGUUAGAGAGUCAAGAACACUUCCUGUACCGACCUCGUUCAGAAAAUCGAUCCAUCAUGCCUAUCAACUAUACAAAUCUAACAGGGUAGUUUUUUUGUUUUGUACUUAGCCUAAACGGGGCAAAGUGGUUGGCCUUGUUUUGUGUGUGUGUGUGUUUUUUUUCCCACAAAUCUAGCCAAGAUUUCAUUUUAAAAAAAUGGCUCAAUAGGGUCAGAGUCUGGAUCAAUAAGUGUUGAGAAUUUUUGAAUGAUUGUUUUUAACGUUUUCGAUGAAAAAAAAAAUCAGGGGAGGUGCCUGGAGUGAUUACUUUUAUGGAAAAAAUGGCAAAAAGUUGGAUUUAGGGGUUAUCGAAAAUUAAAAGCAAGGGAAAUAAUUUGUAAACAAUAACCAGAUUUAUAAGUCCAAUGACAGUACAAGGUACUAGAAAAACCAUGUUCUUCUUAUUUAAUUUCUUUAAUUCUCAAUUCGACCUUACCCACCCGCCCCCAACAAAAAUAAAACAAAACAAAAACAGACAAACAAACUAAACCAACCAGAUUGCCCCUUAAGGUUUAUUACCUGACUAUAAUUAGGGUGUUUCCACUUGAAAGUUCAUCAGUCAUUUAUUUGUAUCCUUAAGGACAAUUCGCAACGACGAUUUUUAGCGUAACACAUCGUUGCAUUGUUGGAACGAUGUUGUAACUAUUCGAAACGAUGUCGCAACAAUGUUGUAAUGCUGUGUUGUGCUAAAAACCGUCGUUGCGAAUCGUCUCGUGUAACAUCACCUUUAGGGAUAUCAUUUGUUUUUAUGAACUUGUACUCGUCAUGGAAACCUACGUGUUACUGACGACAAUUUUCAAUGCGGUUUAACUUUGGACAACGCCCCAGUGGAUGUAUUAUGGUUUCUCAAAGUUUUAAAAGUAAGUCUCAAAUUUUACUUCAUUUGUCUUUCCCUUGGCAGCGGUAGUUCCAGAGGGCAUCAUCCGUGAAUCUCCCGAUUUCACUGCAAUCAUCUUAAUCCUGGUAGCUGUUAUCAUACUGGUUGUUUUGAUAGUAUCUUUCCUCAAUUAUGCUCGCCGACGUCGCAACAACAAGACAAAAGGUAUCUUUUGUAAUCUUCUGUACUGCUUAAUACUGGUUUCCCAAACUGUGAUUUAAUCGCCGAACCAAAUGAUGUUUUUGAAAAUAUGGGAAAGAAAUAAUAAAACAAACAUGAAUGGGUUUAGUUUCCUAAAGAAACUCUAGUGCUGUGUCGGUGGGGGAUUUAAAUACAGAAGCUGUUGAAGCUAUUAAUACAUAGGCGUACGGGCAAUUUUUUGCCAGGUUGUCGGGGGACGGUAAACUAUAUGCCAAAAAAAUUAUCCUGAGUUGCCCAGACGUUUACAAAACAGUCGAAAAUGCACUAACAGAGGCCUACAUAUGAAGUGAAAAUAUGCUUACAUAUGAAUCUAUCAUAUGAGCUCAUAAAACACGUUAAAAGAAAUUGCCAUGUUUGCCAUUUUGACAGCCGAAGUUAUAAAUGAUACCAUCAUGUUACUGACGAUGUUACGGGCUCGUUGUUGCCCCAUGGUGCUGUGGAAGUACGUUUUCAAUCUGCGCAACGCACUGAAUGAUCGUUCUGCAUAACAACAUCUAGCAGGUAUCACUCCAAAGAGAUGUACCACAUUAGAAAACACUGGAGACAUAUCAAAUAGAUCAUUCUCGUGCAUUGUCUCCAGCAUGCAUCUCAGUAACAGUCAUGUAGCCUAAUCCGCGCUCAAGACGAAAACUCGUGUACAUUUUCUGCUAGGCUUCGAGAAUCCUGCCGUCCAUUCUGUAAAAUUUAUCAACGCGGGAGAAACUUUCUUUAUCAGUUGUUUCACUGUGACAGAUAUUUUCCAAGGCAUUUCCUGAUCAUUUCCGCUAAACCUGAGCUCAAGCUCGGACAGCACCUUGUCGAUGGACGCACGGUAAAUGUUAAUACAGUGGUUAGCCUGCGCCGCAGAUGAAACUAAACUCUGGUUAAGUCCGUCUGCGAAACAGCGCUGAAAUCCUUGUUCUGGGCCUCCACGUGUGUACCAGGAUCUGAUUACGCGCCAUGAUUGACUUUUCAAAAAAGCCAUUGUCUAUUUGCCAAUCAGGAUGAAAGGAAAUUUGAAACCGGCAAACUUCCGGUAAUUCGUUAAGUCAGUUGGGGGGGCCAGAACAAGGGGAUUGGCCCUACUUCGCAGACGUUACAAACCCGAGGUUAAAUUACGUCUGUGAUGCAGGAUAUACGGUGGUGCGAUUCCGGUGUCAGCUACGUUUGUCUUUGUGCGUGUUCACCAAAGCUACAAGGGCUUGAAGGCGGCGCGUUGUCGUUUGUCUGAGUGCCCUGGCUUAAUUCAAACUGAGAAUUGGUCAGCCACUUCUUCAUUUUCAGACCCAUUUAUUUUAUUUUAUUUUAUUUUAUUACAUAAACACCAAUGAUUUACCAGGGGAGCUUUUGCGCGAAACUUGGUAUCUUCACAUGUGAAGAUCACAUGUUAUCUUCACAUGUAAAAAUAUCACCGUUGCUAUGGCUCCACAAUAAAUCGCGCCUUUCACACCAAAAAACUAUUAAAGCGAAAUGGUUUGGUAGUUCAUUGGUGUUUAUAUAAUAAAUAGAACAUUACAUGGCCGCUUGGAGAUACGAAGUUUCUCUUCUCGUGUUGAAAAAAUAUUUCACUCGUUCGCUGCGCUCACUCGUGAAAUAUUUUUCAACACUCGAAGAGAAAUUUCGUAUCUCCAAGCGGCCAUGUAAUAUCCUCUAUUUAUUUUAUUAGCUUCGCCCAGAGAGAAAAAGAAAAAAAUAAAGGAUAAUAAAUAUACACUGAAACAAUGAAUGGUAUAUGCCUUUUUUUCCUUCACUCCGACACUUAAGUGUAGAGUCUGAGUGGUCAUGUCGGCAUUUCUACGAGCGGAGAUGAUCCUAGAAAAGUUAUACGAAAGUUGAUUCUGAUCAAUUGACGACUGAAAAUACCCCACACCAACUGGUGCAGUGCAGUAUAGUGCCCAAAAAUAAAAAACUGUAUAAUACAUAUAACAUACGAUACCCUUCACUGAUAACCAGAAACUCAUCACUUGCUAGGCAACCACUGUCUUGUGUGAAGCUAACUGGAUUUACCACGCCGACUUCAUGUUAAAAUAGAAAAUAUCUAUCUCUUCGAAAUAAAAAAAAACAUGGAAACUUCUUUAAAAACUGGCUUUGCCCAAAUUUCUCUUGUUGCCCAAAAAAUCUGAGUUGCUCAAAAUUUGGGGGGAGCGCUGCAGCCCCUGCCCCCCGGCCCUUACGCCUAUGUGUAAAUAAAUUCGCAACAGAUGUGCUCUUUCGACGUAUAAAACAGAUUUGGGAUUCCUUUGCGAUGGCCAAUUCACUUUCAGAAUUUUAGUUGUUUUUUUUUCCACAUUGAAAUAAUCCCUUUUUAGCAUUUCUUCUUUAAUUUUUAUGCACAUCAGGAGUAUUAUUUUACACAAAGGCUAUCUUCACACUAUGCCGGAUUUUCCGGUGCCUGCGGUGUACCUAUCUGCUGUAUAACUCUGCACUUUAGAGAUCGGCGCAGCUUCGCCUCGUUACAAAAAUCGCGCCGAGAUCACUGUUCUUAUGUGCGAAACGAAGCCCUAUCCAGUAAAUGGUUUUCGUGCAGGCGCGAAAGAUAUCCGGUAUAAUGUGAACAUAGUCCAAUCAUAUUCAUUACGCACUUUAAGUUUUUCAUACAUUGUGUUUAUUUGUUAAAGUUUUGUCUUCAAGAAAACAAUCCAGUGACCAAACACAUUGCCUGCAUAGCUCCACCAAACUUAAAGUUCAUUUCAGCAUGUCACAAGCGCAGGAAGAGGUUAUUACAAUUAACACUCUCCGAGAAGACAACGAAGAGCACGCCUAUGCAGUUAUAGAUGAGAGUAAGCGAAAAUCCAAGUCUGACCAAGACGGUCCAUCCAGCUCCGAAGUAGGAGAAGUUCGACCGCCCUCAAAAGAUGAGCACGUUGCGGCAGACCAAGAUGUAUUGAAGGAGAAUACGGAGAGGUGUGAUAAAGGCAACGAUCGAGAGGAAAAGGGGCAUCACGUUUACGCCAACGUGCUUGUUAAAGAAAGUAAGGCGAUGUUUGGUAAAGCAUCAGUUUCUUGGGAUGAGGGCCUGGGCGUUACCUGCGCAGAAGAGAGUUCGACUCUGGGUGAGAAUCCUGUGGAGGAUUUGAAUCCUUUAUCUUUGGAACAAGGAAAGGAAAUGAACAGCAACGAGGCUACGAGUGAACAGGAUCCAAAUAGCAAAACUGAGUGCAACGAUCACUUUUAUGCAGUUGUUGACAAAUCAAAAAAGAAGCGAAUGGCUCCUGAGGUAGGUACUUUUAACUACUAUAACUAG